AUGCGUAAUAAGUAAACAGUGGCAGGUGAAAGUCCGGAGGCGGCCUGCCGUCUUGUGGACUCACCUGCCGACCUCUGACCUACAGAGGCAUUUAGGACCUGUCACGCCAGCGGUGGGAGCGAAUCAUAGACCAGCCCGCGAACAAAACUCUCUCAAACUGCGACUGUGGGGCAGAAACGCUCCAACUGCAACAUAGAUCGCAUUUUAGACAUCCCUUCCAACAUUUCUGAACGUCAGUCUCGGUCAAGAUGCUCGGUUUCUUGCUUUUUCUGUUGGUGGUUUUCGGUGGCGCUGGACUUUGGGUUCACCUGAAGGGGAUAGAGUAUGUCUUGGUGCACCAGAGAUGGGUGUUUGUUUGCUUCUUCCUUUUGCCGCUAAGCGUGAUCUUCGACUUGUACCACUACCUGCGGACUUGGAUCGUCUUCCAGCUGCACAGCGCGCCCAAGAAGCAUGACGAGAGGGUCAGGAAUAUCCAGAAACAGGUGCGAGCGUGGAAGGAAGAUGGCAGCCGUUCGCAGAUGUGCACGGCGCGGGCGGGCUGGCAGACCAUGAGCCUCCGUGUCGGGAAGUACAAGCAGACGAUGCGCAACAUCAACAUCAACCUCAUCGACAUCCUGGAGGUCGACAUCGAGCGCCAGGUUGUCCGAGUGGAGCCGCUGGCCACCAUGGGACAGGUCACAGCCUCACUGCUGCCACUGGGAUGGACCAUUCCUGUGCUGCCGGAGCUCGACGAUCUCACUGUCGGUGGCCUUAUCUGUGGUGUAGGUGUGGAGACCUCCUCCCAUCACUAUGGACUGUUCCAGCACACCUGUGAAGCGUUUGAGUUGGUGCUUGCUGACGGGAGUCUGGUCAGGUGCACAAAGGAUGAGAACCCUGACCUGUUCUACUCCGUGCCCUGGUCCCAUGGAACCCUGGGAUUCCUGGUUGCUGCGGAGAUUAAGAUUGUUCACGCGGCGAACUUCGUGAAAGUGGAGUACAAGCCUUGCCACAGCGCUGAGGAGAUCAACAAGGUCUACACUGAGGAGGUCAUGAAGAAGAGUGAGAACGACUUUGUGGAGGGACUGAUGUACAAUGAGAACCAGGCGGUCGUCAUGACAGCCAACCUGACCAAUCAGGCAGAGCCUGGAAAGGUGAACUCCAUCGGGCUGUACUACAAGCCGUGGUUCUUCAAGCAUGUGGAGUCAUUCCUGAAGACUGGGCCUGGGGUCGAGUACAUUCCGCUGCGUCACUACUACCACAGGCACACUCGCAGUAUCUUCUGGGAGCUACAGGACAUCAUCCCGUUCGGAAACAACCCGGUGUUCCGGUUCCUGUGCGGGUGGAUGGUCCCCCCAAAGGUGUCGCUGCUGAAGCUGACUCAGGGCGAGACGGUUCGCCAGCUGUACGAGAAACAUCACGUCAUCCAGGACAUGCUGGUCCCGCUCGGCAAGAUGUCCGAGGCUCUCAGGGUCUUCCACAAGGAGAUCAAGCUGUACCCCCUGUGGAUGUGCCCCAUGCUGCUCCCCUCCCAGCCCGGAAUGGUACAUCCCAAGGGUGAUGAGGAUGAGAUGUACGUAGACAUCGGCGCGUACGGCGAACCAAAGACUCUCGACUUCGAAGCGACCGCCACCACCCGCCGCCUGGAGGAGUAUGUACGCAGCGUGAACGGUUUCCAGAUGCUGUACGCUGACUGCUACAUGACCCGUGAAGAGUUCCGCCAGACGUUUGACCACACCCUGUACGACAAGCUGCGGACGGACCUCGGGUGCGAGAAGGCCUUUCCUGAGGUCUUCGACAAGAUCUGCAAGAAGAACAGGCUCUAAACGCUGAGGACAACCCACAGUGAAGAUUUACCAACAGGCACUUUAUUGUCUAUAUUAGGGGUGGGUACAGGUACAUAAAAUUCAGGUCCAGGUCCGGUUCAGGUCCAGAGGAUCAGGUCCAAGUGCGGACCUGAACCUGAUUCAAUAUG